AAGUAAAUAACCGCCUAACCUGACAAUCAUAAUCUAACCUCAGCCGCACUGUGAACACGCAUGUGAUCGUCGGACGGCAAAUCGACCUCGAUACGAUGCGUUUGAGUCAAAUCUACAAUAUUGUUCAUCGGAACGUUGGGUUUCAAAGCGUGUACGCGAGACGGCUCUUUGCCUCCACGAAUACGGCGGAGUCGAAAGAUGAGGUCGUCGACAUAACCUCCGCCGACGAGAAGCCGAUCUUCUCUGAGCCGGAUAAUGAGGAGUAUCACGCGGAGAUCGCCAGGAAGCGGAAUAAAUCCCGCUUAAGUCCCGAGCACAGAAACAUCCUCAUGGGCGAACGUCCAUAUGACGGCCCGAAAGAAUGGUAUCACAACACAGUGAAGUACAAGAAACGUAUGCUCGGCAGGUACGGACUGAAAGCCGACGAACCUGCCGGAUUCGUCUGGCCCACUUUGGAAGAGAUCAAAGACGCUCAGGAGUAUGAGAGAGUCGCGUUCCCGCUGUCCCUUCAGGAAAGGUGGGACAAGUUGGAAGACGCGCGCCGGCAGAAGGCCGAGUUUAUCAAGAAAAGAGAAGCUGAAAUCCUUGUGAAACUGGCGAAGAUGGACCAAUGGACGGCCGAGUUGAACGCGAAAAUGGAGAAAAAGAAAGCCGAUAUGGAAGCCGCAAGGUUGCGCAAGGAACGUCUGGUGGCGGAAAUCAGGAGACACUUUGGCUUUAACAUUUCGCCUCACGACAACAGAUUCAAGGAGAUGCUGGAACAGAAAGAAAAGGAGGAGAAGAAGAAGAAGAAGGAGGCCAAGAAGAAGGCGAAAUUGGACAGAUUGACGCUCAUGGUACAUGCAAAGGUGAAAUCGGAAGCGAAUCCGGAAGAAACGGCUGCCGGAGGAAAAGAUCAAGACUCAAAGAAGUCGACAGAAUAAUAACUUUUUCUCAUUUAUGAGGUAUAUACAAUAUAAAAUGCGUGUGUCCAGUCGUAGUUAAUAAAGACGUUAUUUAUCGGGUUA